AUGACGGCGGACGAAAAGAACCAGAGCCAACAACAACCGCGCGACGACGAGGAAUAUGAUAUCGAGAUCCCUGCAGGAAUCGCACCAGAGGCCUACUACGACUCUCAACUCUCUCCUCUCCGUGCCUCCCUCCGUCGCUUCCUCCUCCCUUACAUCCGUGCUGAAACUCCCAUUCUCCAUUCCAUGCAGCUCAAAGUUCGUCACCCAAUCCUGGAUGUCUACUUUACGACAACGGCCUUCUCAGGCAACCAUACCUUCUUCAUGAUUGCCCUUCCUGUUCUCUUCUGGUUCGGUUUCUCAGAGAUCGCCCGCGGUUUCACACUUAUUGCUGCGAUGGGCGUCUACUGGGCUGGAUUCUUCAAGGACUUCUUGUGCUUGCCCCGCCCAUUGUCGCCACCAAUUGUUCGCCUCUCUCGCUCAAAAUCGACCUGUCUCGAAUACGGAUUCCCUAGCUCACACUCGACCAACGCCAUCUCUGUCGCCCUCUUCCUCUACUGCCAUCUCCUCACCACCGACCCCGCCUCUUGGAGCCCUUAUACCCGCGAACUCUCCAUCUUUGGAUUGAUCGUCUAUGCAGUCUCCAUUAUUUAUGGACGUCUCUACUGCGGAAUGCACUCUAUUACCGACUGCAUCGGAGGCACCUUGAUCGGACUCGGUAUUUGGGCAACGCAGUGGUCAUUCAGACACACGAUCGAGUACUACAUGGUCAGCCCUGUCUGGUGGGUCCCGCCCGUUGUGGUCGCUGCUGGAAUCUUUUUGGUCUCGAUUAUCCCUGACCCAGUCGACAACUGCCCGUGCUUUGACGACUGCGUGGCGUUUAUCGCUGUUCUCAUGGGCUUGAUCCCCGCCAGCAUCCACUUUGCCUCGACCUCGUACUCGUCCAACAUCCCUGUCCCUGCCACGAUCCCCUACAGCACCGAUCUCGGAUUCGUCAAGAGUGUUCUUCGAUUGGUCUUUGGUGUCGGAACAUUGUUUGUCUGGAGAUUGGCAGCCAAGAAGGCUCUCUACGUCCUCCUGCCACCCAUCUACAAGCUCUUCAGCUUGCCUUACCGACCCCAUUUCAUCCCCGCCAGUAGCUACAACACCUUGUCGACCUACCCCAUUGGAAAAGUCCCCUCGGUCAUCGAUCUGCCCAGUAUGACAGGAAGCGCCGAGAUUGUGGGCUUGCAGUCGACGAUGGAUGUGCACGAAAAGUUUUCGCAGGCUGCUCAAGCUCAGGCUCAGGACCAGGAGAGCGGGUUGAGGGCACGCAAGGGCGGUCAGCACUUUGAAUCGUUCAGUGAGGAUGAAAAGAGGGCUCUGUACCAGCACGACCGGGAGAGCUCUGUGUUAAGCAAUGGUACGACCGAGUGCGGAGACGACACCUGCCAGCAUCAGCAUGGUAAGGAGGGUAGUCGGUUUGAGGAUGAGGCAGAGGCAUUGUUGAGGGUCGAGAGGAUGCAUCCUCGCAAGAGUCGGUUUGAUGUCGAUAUUGUGUCGAAGCUUGUGGUGUAUGCCGGUAUUGGUGCCCUCGCCGUCGAUGGCAUCCCUAUUCUCUUCAGCCUCGUGGGCCUUGCCGCCGAGCCCGUCCGCUUCUAA